CAGGACCCGGGACCGGAGAGCCGGCAGGCCGGCGCAGGGAGCCCCAUCUGCGGCUCCACCUGCAGGAUCUCCCCGCUGCUGGAGGCGCCUGAAGCGGCUGCAGGAUGUCAGACUCUGCGUCCAGCUUCCUCCACAUCGGAGACAUCGUGUCUCUGUACGCGGAGGGUUCGGUGAACGGCUUCAUCAGCACGCUGGGGUUGGUGGACGAUCGCUGCGUCGUGGAACCGGCUGCUGGCGAUCUGGAGAACCCGCCCAAAAAGUUCAGAGACUGCCUGUUCAAGGUGUGUCCGAUGAGCCGGUACUCGGCCCAGAAGCAGUACUGGAAGGCCAAGCAGGCCAAGCAUGAGAAGGACAAGAUCGGCGACGUGGUUCUGCUGCAGAAGCUGCAGCACGCAUCCAACCUGGAGCAGAAGCAGAAUGAGACGGAGAACAGGAAGGUCCAUGGAGACAUCGUCAAAUACGGAACCGUCAUCCAGCUUCUCCACAUGAAGAGUAAUAAAUAUCUGACGGUGAACAAGCGUCUGCCGGCGCUGCUGGAGAAGAACGCCAUGCGCGUCACGCUGGACGGGACGGGGAACGAGGGAUCCUGGCUCUUCAUCCAACCAUUCUGGAAACUCCGGGCCAACGGAGACAACGUGGUUGUGGGAGAUAAAGUCAUCAUGAACCCGGUGAACGCCGGCCAGCCGCUUCACGCCUCCAACUACGAGCUCAGCGACCAUCCAGGCUGCAAGGAGGUCAACUCUGUGAACUGCAACACGAGCUGGAAGAUCAACCUGUUCAUGAUGUUCAGCGACCACCGAGAGGAAGUCCUGAAAGGAGGCGACGUCGUCCGACUGUUUCACGCCGAGCAGGAAAAGUUUCUGACCUGCGACGAAUACAAGAGCAAGCUGCACGUUUUCCUGCGGACGACUCUGAGGCAGUCGGCCACGUCGGCUACCAGCUCCAACGCCCUGUGGGAGGUCGAGGUCGUCCACCAUGACCCCUGCCGCGGGGGGGCGGGGCAUUGGAACAGCCUGUACAGGUUCAAACACCUGGCGACAGGAAACUACCUGGCUGCCGAGGGGGCGAAGGAGAGGGAAACAGACACGGUGAGGUUUGUGUUUCUGCAGAUGGACGCCAGCCGCAGCAGCAAGCGUUUCCAUGGCGAACGGAUCAAGUACAAGCUGAUGGUGGUUCCCCACGGCAACGACAUCGCCUCGCUGUUCGAACUCGACCCGACGACCCUGCAGAAAACCGACUCCUUCGUCCCGCGGAACUCCUAUGUGCGGCUGAGACAUCUGUGCACCAACACCUGGAUCCAGAGCACCAACGUUCCCAUCGACAUCGAUGAGGAGCGGCCCAUCAGGCUCAUGCUGGGAACCUGCCCCACCAAGGAGGACAAGGAGGCCUUCGCCAUCGUCUCCGUUCCUGUCAUGGAGAUCCGCGACCUGGACUUCGCCAACGACGCCAGCGCCAUGCUGGCCACCGUGGUGGAGCAGUUCAACUCCGGCUUCAUCACCCAGAACGACCGCCGGUUCGCCAUCAAGCUGCUGGAGGACGUGGUUUUCUUCGUGGCCGACGUGGCCAACAGCGGCCAGCCGGUUCUGGACGUGGUCAUGUCCAAACCCAACCGGGAACGGCAGAAACUGAUGAGGGAGCAGAACAUCCUGAAGCAGAUCUUCGGCAUCCUGAAGGCUCCCUUUAAGGACCGCGGUGAGGACGACGGCCCGCUGCUGCGUCUGGAGGAGCUGGCCGACCAGAAGAACGCGCCGUACCAGUACAUGCUGCGGCUCUGCUACCGGGUGCUGAGGCACUCCCAGGAGGACUACCGCAAGAACCAGGAACACAUAGCGAAGCAGUUUGGAGUGAUGCAGAGUCAGAUCGGCUACGACAUUCUGGCGGAGGACACCAUCACCGCUCUCCUCCACAACAACCGCAAGCUGCUGGAGAAACACAUCACCAAGACGGAGGUGGAGACGUUCGUCAGCCUGGUGCGCAAGAACCGGGAGCCGCGGUUUCUGGACUACCUCUCUGAUCUGUGUGUCUCCAACAACGUGGCGAUUCCCGUCACCCAGGAACUGAUCUGUAAAUGUGUGCUGGACCCCAAAAACCAGGACAUUCUCAUCAAGACGGAGCGGCGGGUCCCAAAAGAGGCUCAUCCUGGAGCCGUUCAGGGAGAAUAUCUGGGGAUGGACGAGUACGGCGACGAGGACGAGGUCUGGCUGAUGUGGACGGAUAAGACCAACGAGAAGCAGGACAAGAGCAUCCGCCAGCUGGCCCAGGAAGCCAGACAAGGAAACGCUCACGAUGAAAACGUCCUCACCUACUACAGGUACCAGCUGAAGCUGUUUGCUCGGAUGUGUCUGGACCGGCAGUACCUGGCCAUAGACGAGAUAUCCAAGCAGCUGGACGUGGAGCUCAUCUUCCUCUGCAUGAUGGACGAGACGCUGCCCUUUGACCUCCGGGCUUCUUUCUGCCGCCUCAUGCUGCACGCACACGUCGACCGAGACCCUCAGGAACUCGUGACGCCGGUGAAGUUCGCCCGACUCUGGACCGAGAUCCCGACCUCCAUCACCAUCAAGGAUUAUGAUUCCAACCUGGACGACAGCAGAGACAACAAGAAGAACCGUUUUGCGAACACCAUGGUGUUCAUGGAGGAGUACCUGAACAACGUCCUGAACGAUGAGCUUCCGUUCCACAACGAGGAAAAAAACAAACUCACCUACGAGGUGGUGAGUUUAGCCAGACAUUUGAUCUACUUUGGUUUCUACAGUUUCUUUGAGCUGCUCAGACUCACCAGGACUCUGCUGGGCAUCAUUGACUGCAAACCCAACCCGACACACACCGGCAUCCCGUUUCAGGAGGAAAGCUCAGGGAGAAACGUGAGGCGCACCAUCCAUGGGAUGGGCCAGAUGAUGUCCACCAUGGUCCUCAACCGGAGGCAGUCCACGUUCAGCGGCGCCGGGCCGAGGGGGGCCGGGUUCGUGCUGGAAGGACAGAGAGGCAGCAAGGAUUCCAUCGACAAUCUGGAUCUAACGGUGAUGGACACCAAGCUGAAGAUCCUGGAGAUUUUACAGUUCAUCCUGAACGUGCGGCUGGACUACCGUCUUUCCCUGCUGUCCGUCUUCAAGAAGGAGUUCCUGGACGUUUAUCCCAUGGCUGAAGCUGACGCCACCACCAACGUGGAACAAGCAGCCACCGUCAACCUGCAGCAGAUCGGCGACCAGGCGGAGGCCAUGUUUGGAGUCGGGAAGAUGAACAGCGUCCUGGAAGUGGACGACGAAGGAGGCCGGAUGUUCCUGCGGGUCCUGAUCCAUCUGACGAUGCACAACUACGCCCCUCUGGUGUCCGGAGCGCUGCAGCUGCUCUUCAGGCACUUCAGCCAGAGGCAGGAAGUGCUGGACACCUUCAAACAGGUGCAGCUGCUGAUUUCCACGCUGGACGUGGAAAACUACAAGCUGAUCAAAGCCGACCUGGAUCGGCUCCGCACGCUGGUGGAGAAGUCGGAGCUGUGGGUGGAGAAGAAGAGCUCAGGUGGAGGAGACGGGAAGAAAGACAAGAAGGACAAGAAGGAGAAGGUGGAGGGGGCGUCAGAGGACCCAUCGCCAAAGAAAGAGAAGCAGCAGACAGGAAACGAGAACUACCAGAACGUCAAAGAGAUUCUGGAGCGGCUCAAUAAAAUGUGCAGCUCUGGAGCCUUGAAGAAGCAGCAGCGGCUGCUGAAGAACAUGGGAGCUCAUAAAGUCAUGCUGGACCUGCUGCAGGUUUCCUACGACAAGAACGACGUGAAAAUGCAGGAGAUCAUCAGAUUCACUCACAUGUUUCUGCAGAAGUUCUCUGGGAACCAGGAGAACCAGGCGCUGCUGCACAAGAACCUCAGCCUGUUCCUGAACCCCGGGCUGCAGGAGGCUGAGACGGUGCAGCACAUCUUCAGCAACAACCAGCUGUGCAGCGAGAUCUCGGAGAGCGUGCUGCAGCACUUCAUCCACUGCCUGGCGACGCACGGACGCCACGUCCAGUACCUCAACUUCCUGCACACCAUCAUCAAGGCCGAGGGGAAGUACGUUAAGAAGUGCCAGGACAUGAUAAUGACCGAGCUGACCAACGCCGGCGAGGACGUGGUCGUCUUCUACAACGACAAGGCGUCGUUCAACGCCAUGCUGGAGCUGAUGGCCCAGAGCAGGGAGGGAGGGGAGAACAGCCCGCUCAGGUACCACAUCUCUCUGGUGGAGCUGCUGGCCGCCUGCGCCGAGGGCAAGAACGUUUACACCGAGAUCAAAUGCACGUCGCUGCUGCCGCUGGAGGACGUGGUCCGGGUCGUUACGCACGAGGACUGCAUCACCGAGGUGAAAAUCGCCUACGUGAACUUUGUGAACCACUGCUACGUCGACACCGAGGUGGAGAUGAAAGAAAUCUACACGUCCAACCACAUCUGGAAGCUGUUUGAGGAUUUCACCGUGGACAUGGCGCGGGUUUGCAACAAGCGCGAGAAACGACUCACCGACCCGGUUCUGGAGAAAUACAUCAUCAACGUGGUUUUUGACACCAUCACCGCCUUCUUCAGCUCUCCGUUCUCUGAGAACAGCACGUCUCUGCAGACUCAUCACACCAUCGUGGUCCAGCUGCUGCAGUCGUCCGUCAGGCUGCUGGAUUGUCCCUGGCUGCUGCCGCUGCACCGCGGUCAGGUGGAGGCCUGCAUCAAGACGCUGUCGCUGACAGCUAAGAACCGCUCCAUCUCCCUCCCUCUGGAGCUGGAGGCCAUGAUCAACAACGUGUUGUCCAGCUUGGCCACGAACACCCUGAACCGCUCCGCCUACAAGACGCCGACCCGCAGCGCCAGGCCCGUCCCCUUCGACUACAAGAACAUCAUUGAGAAACUGCAGGACAUCAUCAACACGCUGGAGGAGCGUCUGAAGCCGCUGGUCAACGCGGAGCUGUCGGUGCUGGUGGACGUCCUGCACCAGCCGGAGCUGCUGUUCCUGGAGGGAAGCGACGCGCGGCAGCGCUGCGAGUCCGGCGGCUUCAUCUCCAAGCUGAUCCAGCACACCAAGGCGCUGAUGACCUCAGAGGAGAAGCUGUGCAUCAAAGUGCUGAAGACGCUGCAGCAUAUGCUCAUCAGGACCCUGGACUUUGAUGACAAGGGAAUGCUGCUGCGUAAGGUUCUGCUGCAGAACUACCUGUUCUCCAACAGGAAGGGCAACCAGAAGAACGACCUGGCUGACCUGGGAGCCGUGGCGAAACAGGAGCGCGACUGGGCAGCGGUGGCGGCCAUCCAGUGCCGUCUGGACCGGGAAGGAGGAACGAAGCUGUUCACCGACCUGGUGAUGAGCUCCAAGAACGACAAGAUCUUCCUGGAGAGCAUCCAGCUGGCCAUCUGUCUGCUGGAGGGAGGCAACACGGAGAUCCAGAACUCCUUCUACAAACUGAUGAUGGGCGACAACAAGUCGGAGAAGUUCUUCAAGGUUCUUGAUGACCGGAUGAAAGAAGCUCAGAUGGACAUUAAGGCGACGGUUUCUGUAAACGUUGGUGAAAUGACGCACAAGGCCAACGAGAAGGAGCUGGAGGCCGGAGGACUUCCUCUGAUGGUCCACGGUCAAAGCAUCGCCCCGGUAACAGCCGCCAUGUCCACCCAGCAGGCAGAGCAGCGGGAGGCGGAUGAGAUGGGACCAGCGGUCACCAUCAUGAAGCCCAUCCUGAGGUUCCUGCAGCUGCUGUGUGAGAACCACAACUACAACCUGCAGAACUUCCUGCGUUGCCAGAACAAUAAAACCAACUACAACCUGGUGUGUGAGACGCUGCAGUUGGACAUCAUGUGUGGAAGCACCACCGGCGGACUGGGCCUGCUGGGCCUCUACAUCAACGAAUCAAACGUCCACCUGAUCAUCCAGACCCUGGAGACGCUCACAGAGUACUGCCAGGGCCCCUGCCAGGAGAACCAGACGUGCAUCGUGACUCACGAGUCCAACGGCAUCGACAUCAUCACGGCGCUGAUCCUGAACGACAUCAGCCCGCUCUGUCGGUACCGGGUGGAGAUGGUUCUGCAGCUGAAGGACAACGCCUCCAAGCUGCUGCUGGCUGAUGGAGAGUCGUAUGACAACGAGAACGCCGAGAGGAUCCUGUUCAACCUGCGACCGAGGGAGCUGGUGGAGGUGAUCAAGAAGGCGUACCAGCAGGACAGCGAGUGUGAGGAGGAGGAGCAGGUGGAGGGGCAGGAGGAGGUGGAGGUGUCGCCGCGGGAGGUGGGACACAACAUCUACAUCCUGGCCCAGCAGCUGGCGAGACACAACAAAGUUCUGCAGAACCUCCUGAAGCCGCCCAAGAACAGCAAGGAGGGCGAGGAGGGCAUCUCCUCCAUGAUGUUGAAAUCUUCGGCUCCAGCUGAGGUUGUGGAUCAGGAUCCUCUGGAAUACUACGACCAGCUCACGGCUCAGAUCGAGAUUGUGCGUGAGGACCGCAGCAUGGAGCAGAUUGUGUUUCCUGUUCAUCCCAUCUGCGAGUUUCUCACCGAGGAGUCAAAGGUCAGAGUCUUCAACACCACCGAGCAGGACGAGCAGGGGUCGAAGGUCACGCACUUCUUUGAGCAGACGUCAUUCCUGCACGGAGAGAUGGAGUGGCAGAAGAAGCUGAGGAGCAUGCCGGUUCUGUACUGGUUCUCCAGGAGGAUGACUCUGUGGGGAACCAUCUCCUUCAACCUGGCCGUCUUCAUCAACCUCAUCAUCGCCUUCUUCUACCCCUACGACUCUGGCCAGGGAGCGAUCGACGACUCCAUGCUGCUGAUGCUGUUCUGGAUCCUGACCGGGCUCUCCGUCCUGGGCUUGUUCUCCAAGCAGUACGGCCUGCAGCCGCUGACGCUGGCGCUGAUCCUGCGCUCCAUUUACCACCUGGGCAUCAGAAACACGCUCAUCCUGCUGGGAUCGCUCAACCUCAUCAAUAAGGUGGUGUUUGUCGUGAGCUUUGUGGGGAACAAUGGAACCUUCAUCAUGGGCUACAAAGCCAUGGUGAUGGAUGUGGAGUUCCUGUACCACCUGGCCUACGCCCUCACCUCCACCCUGGGCCUCUUCGUCCAUGAGCUCUUCUACAGCAUCCUGCUGUUUGACCUGAUCUACCGGGAGGAGACGCUGUUCAAUGUGAUCAAGAGCGUGACCCGGAACGGGCGCUCCAUCCUGCUGACGGCGCUGCUCGCCCUCAUCCUGGUCUACCUCUUCUCCAUCCUGGGCUUCCUGUUCCUGAAGGAGGAUUUCAUCAUGGAGGUGGAUCCGCUGCGGCAGCUGACGGCAGACCCUCAGCACAGCGAGGCGGCGCAGGACUUCCUCAAGUCGUGCUCCACAGACGGAGUGAGCUGCACCACCGAGACCAGCGUGGAGACGGAGGAGGAAGGGGAGCCCAGCACAGAGCGGGCCUGCGAUACGCUGCUCAUGUGCAUCGUCACCGUCCUGAACCACGGCUUGAGAAACGGGGGAGGCGUGGGAGACGUCCUCCGUAAGCCAUCCAAAAACGAGCCGCUGUUCCCGGCGCGCGUCGUCUACGAUCUGCUCUUCUACUUCAUCGUCAUCAUCAUCGUCCUCAACCUCAUCUUCGGCGUCAUCAUCGACACGUUCGCCGACCUGCGGAGCGAGAAGCAGAAGAAGGAGGAGAUCCUGAAGACCACAUGCUUCAUCUGCGGUCUGGAGAGAGAUAAAUUUGACAACAAGACGGUGUCGUUCGAGGAGCACAUCAAGCUGGAGCACAACAUCUGGAACUACCUGUACUUCAUCGUUCUGGUCCGGGAGAAGAACCAGACGGAUUACACGGGUCCAGAGAGCUACGUGGCCCACAUGAUCAAGAACAACAACCUGGACUGGUUCCCACGGAUGCAGGCCAUGUCUCUGGUGGUAACCGACGGAGACGGCGAGCAGAACGAGAUGCGGAUGCUGCAGGACAAGCUGGUGUCGACCAUGAAGGUGGUGACGACGCUGACGGGCCAGCUGAACGAGCUGAAGGAGCAGAUGACGGAGCAGAGGAAGAGGAAGCAGAGGAUGGGCUUCGUGGACGUCCAGGCCGGAGCGAGUGGCGGCGUGCCGCCGAGCGCCGCUGGAGGAAACCAUCAGAUCUACAAACCCUAGAGAGACUGAAUAGCAUCUAGCUGGACUGAUGCUGCAGGAGCACACACACACACACACACACAGAGACACACACACACACACACAGAGACACACACACACACACACACACAGAGACACACUCUGUUCUGAUGUGUAAAACCUGCUGAGUUGUAAAGAUCAGCAGCAGAUUGAACAGUUUGUGCUUCAGUUUGUGCUGCUUUUUCUCAUAAAUUAUUGUGAUGCAUUAAAGGACCUUCAGAGGCUGGAGGUCCGGUCCAGACACUGAAGGAGGUUCUGUUCGGUCCGAGUGGAAGGAUACUGAUCGUUAAUAAACUAAAAUCUGUUUUAAUGUAGAAACAAAAAGCCGUGGAAGUUGUUUAGGAAAAGGAAAGUUGUGUCUUUAGAUCAGAUGUUGAAAUAAAAUCCGUUGCUGUUCUCUAAUUAAACUGCGUUGAGUUUUUACUGAGUUUCUAUAAAUAUCGUUAUUAUUGCAGAGUUCAGACAGAAAGCAGCCGAUGUGGCCCAGACGACCGUGAACAAGCUGCGGCGCCGGACCCACAGCGGCGCGGUGGUCC